UAAUAUAGUAGUACUACUGUAGUAUAGACACAUCGUCUUCUUUUUCAUUCUACUUCCAGUUUUUUAUUCCAAACUGUUCAGAGUAUAGUCAUGACAGAUGAGGGACCACUCACCGUUGAAAUCGUAAACAUGGAGGAACGAACGGAAAACAGAACCUUCAUGAUUUCGCUUCUUCCAGCAGAUAAAUUAAGUUCAGUUCCCGACAAUCAGAUGAGGGCAGCAGAUUCAACCCCAGUAAAUCAGAAUGUUCCAGUUUCAGCAGCUUCUCAGCUGAGUAUGCCAGUUGGCCAAGCAAUAUUAGUGUCACAGGACUUUAGGCUUGGCGGGAGAAUUCCAAAAGCCAUACUCCCAAAACCAGCAGCUAGUGACAAGGUUGCUGAUGAGGUUAUACAGUGUACACUUCAGAAUGCCAGAAAGGUCAAUGAUCUACAGACAGAGAUAAAGAUAAACUCGAGGUGUUUCAAUGCCAAGACUAUUCAAACCUACGCCCGCUUGCAAACCUUAGAGUGUCGCAUCCCGUCAGUACGCUGUCCAACGGGGGAAGAGAUCGUGUGCAACAGCACCUCAAUUAGUCCGUCUUUGUGCGAUGUCUUCGCGCAGACACACAUGCCGGGGUUCAGCUCCUUGUUGAGUUGGACACGCCAACUGGAGGAGAACAGAAAGAGAGCCCCGGGCGAUCUGAGCUACGUGUCGACAGAGCAGGGGUCUUACAGCUUAACGGACGUGAACCACAUGCUGGCACUACACAAGGCGGCGGCCACGCGGAGGAAUGUGGAGAGGGAGUUGGAAUGGUUUGCCCACAUGCAUCUGGAGCCCCGGACUAUCAAGAUGCUUCCUGGCAUCGACAUGAUCAGGAGAUUCCAGAUGCUGGUGUUGUGCCCUAGGUGGAAUGCCGUGUUGAAUGAUUAUAAGAUGACGUCGGGCGAGUUGGCAAAAAUUUGCUGCGAUCGUUGGCUGACUUCGAGUCACAUGGCGUGGACUGUCGAGCAGCUUAACGCGAUCCAGGUGGAUACUCUAUGCAUCUCCAGUAACGAUUUCACAACGACGAUCGUUGGCUCGUCACUGAUCCCUGAAGGACGAGAAAUGCCGAAGUCUCUCCUCAUCAUCUGCCACGUGGGGAAGUUAAACUACAGUCAAAGCGAAGUCUUCAUCAGCACCGAGAAACAACGCGGAAAUCACUAUUCUAUCUGCCACUUGGACACUAUCACUAAGAAGAUCACGUACGCUGACACGCUGGGCUGGAAGGUACCGGAGCUCCUACCCAAGUACCUUGUCGCGUACCACACUGCCAUCUACGGACCUCAGGACAUGACUGACUACAAGUGGCAUGUCUGCCACCAGCCGGGGAACAGUGUUCAUUGUUGCUCUCUGCUGUGUUCGGCGCAAUUCCCACUCCAGACGUGUCUUACCAUCUGCGGACCAGUCGUAAUCAUCAUGGCCGCAUUGGGUUGUCUCCGAAGAGAUGUCUUCUUUUAUCUGACAUCAGCCAAUCAGCAGUCUAGCCCAGAGCUGUCUUAUUUAGAGACACCGACAAAGUACGCCCAAUAUUUACGGAAGGUUGUCGCGGUUUGGUUGGCAAAGAAGUUCUUCAAUUUGGAGUAUAUUGUUCCACACGAUUUUGCAAAUCCAUUACAGAAUGAAAACGACAUCCCUGAAGUAGGUAUUCUAGUCGUCUCAUUGCCGACCAAGGAGGAAGAGAUUGUAUUGGAAGAACCGUCGACACAGGAGGAAGAAAUUGGAUCGGAAGAACCGGUCAAAGUUCUGGAUUGCUUAGGGGAGAAGGUCUUCCGAUGUCCGUGUUGUUACAUAACCUGCAAGAAAAGCUUCAACAUGAAACGUCACAUUCUCAGAGCCCACCCUAACCAGGACCUUAAAUCUAUUGAGGACGGAAACUGUCUCUGUGUCCACUGCGGACUGAAAUGUCGACGGAUCUGUGAUCUACGACAGCAUCUCCAGAAUGUUCAUGCUUCGAUCUUCACAAUGGAGGAGAUUUCGUUUGAAAGCUCGUCUGAGUUUGAGACAUGGAAAAAGGCUCUAGAGGAGGCGGAGUGUUGCUCCUUUGCUCAAUAUUCCGGCGUCCGCAACAAGGGUGACUCCAAGUUCAGAUAUUUACAGUGCAACCGAUCUGGAGUUUACAAAAAAACCGGAGGCGGGAAACGACAGAUGAAACACUCAGGAUCUUGCAAGAUCGACAACAACUGCACGGCAACGAUGAAGGUAACCUUUCAGCCAAAUGGGAAGGUGGACGUUGAAUGCCAUCGAAACCACUACAACCAUCAUCGAGACAGAGAACUUAUCUGGCUCCCUCGUAAGAAGCGGGAAGAAGUCAUCGCCAAAGUGGAGCGAGGAAUCUCAAGAGAUAGCAUCAUGGAUGAUAUGAGGGACAGCAAGGGGGAGAGAAGGAGGCAAGAACUGAUGAGGCAGAAGGACAUCAAGAAAUCCCUAGACGUCAUGACCUAUCUCAAACAACGGAAUGAAAAAGACAGCGUCUUAGCUUGGAUUCAACAGUGGGAGAAGACAGAGGAGAACCCCAUCUUAUUCUUCAAGAUGCCAGGAACCAACCUAGACUCUGAUAUGGGCCUCUUUUCAGAAGAUUACAUCAUAGUCGUCCAGAGUCCCUUCCAGAAACACAUGGCGCAGAAGUUGGCCAGCCAAGGGAUGUGGUGUGAAUCCACGGAAGGCACUACCUUGUACGAUUACCAUUUGACGACUCUGUUUGCCUUUGAUGAGUUUUUGGACGAUUUUCCCUUAGCAUGGUGCAUCUCUAAUCGGGAUGAUGCGAGCACCGUUAGGAUUUUCUUCACAGAGUUGAAAAAAACUUGCAGCAACCUAAAGCCAUGCUGGUUCAUGGCUGAUAAAGCCUUCUUGUACGCCAACAUCUGGACGUCAGUGUUUGGAACCAACCCCGAGAGGAUGAUUUGCCCCUGGAAUGUCGACUAUGCCUGGAGGGAAGCACUCAAGAAUGAGAUCGCAGACCUCGCUCUUCAAGCCCAGGUGUACAAGAUGCUUCGGGAGGUCCUGGAGCAACAAGAUCAGACUUCUUUUGAGGAUUCCCUUCAGAGGCUUCUGAGCCGUCUGGCAGUGUCCACGAAGACAUUAACAUUCUUAAUGUACUUUAUCAGAGAAUGGAUUCCUAAGAUGUAUCAGUGGCCAUUCUGCUAUCGAACGUGGAACUCUCUGACCCCUGGCGUCUUCCACGAAGCUUUCCAUGUCGUCUUCCAACAGGUCUAUGUACAGGGUGACGUCAACAAACGUGUUGACAGCUGUCUUAUCCACCUUCUGAAGUACAUACGUGACAAAACCUUUCACUGGAUGGUCAAGUUCCCAAGAGUUAAAGUGACGAUGCGGUUGAAGGUUAUCCGAGACCACCAUCUUCAGAGCAUGAUGAUGUCCUUCGUUCAGGUCAAGCAGUUGGAAGACUGCGAGUGUUGGGAGGUCCACACUGAGGACAAGAACACCUCGUACGUGGUCGAGCGUCUCGCGAUUUCUUGCCCAACAAAGGAGUGCCGAUUGCACUGUGAAGAAUGUAACGUGUGCGUCCAUACCUUCUUUUGUAACUGUCCAGACUGCCUGAUCAACUCUACGAUCUGCAAGCACAUCCACCUGGUCCAGAGGUUUAUAGACUUCCAGGUUUUUAUCCAGAGUAGCGAGGUCGUGGACAACUCCGGAAUGGAGGCCAAAGAGCUCAAGCGUAAUCUGCGACACACACUCCGACAGUUGACCUCUGUAGUGGAGGCCUCAAACGAUGAAAACAUUGAAACACUGCGAGAACUGAGUAAGACGAUCUCGUCUGCUAAGCAAUGUCUGAAUCCGAGCAUCUUACAAAGGGUCUUACAAUCGAGUCCAACACAUCGAAACGUUCUUCCACAACUGCCAGCAAACAUUGUACCUCAGGACUCCAACAGCCAGAAUACGCCUUCCUACCAUAUGAGUGACCUGACCAACCAGUAUCAUGUGAACCAUGAAACAGCUGGUGGGCAGAACAAACGAUCGGCUAAUUUUGAGCAUCAAGGACCAAACAAAAGUAUCAGACUUGCUCAUCAACCCCAGCCUGAUAUGCCAUAAACUCCACUUAAAGGGAAGGUACACGUUUGGUAAUUGUCAAAGACCAGUCUUCUCACUUGGUGUAUCCCAUCAUAACCAUAA